AUGUCGCCGGAGCUGUUCAAUGAAGUUGACAUCAUCGAGAAGCAUUACAACUUUAGGAAGCCAGAAGGAGGAAUCACACUAGACGAGAAUGAAGAGAACAAACUUAUCCAAUUAAUGACAAUAUGCAAAAACAAAAUCGAGGGAGGAGUAGAAGAGCGUGAAGCUAAGCUGAAUAACUACAUAAAGGCGCUGAAAAUUCUCAUCUUUUAUAUCCCACAUAACGAUUCGAUUAAAAAAAAGAUAACGGAAAGGAAAACAUACCAGAAUUUAUUUUUAGGAAGGCAAAAUAAUGCUGACGAUGUGAAUAGCUUAAGCGGAAAUCGAAGUAGUGACCUGGAAAACGUGGACAAAUACGAAUUAAUAUUUUUAAUUAAUUUAGUAACCCACAAUGAAAACAGCUCGGAAAUAUUUGCAUUUCUGUACCCCUUUUAUUUUUAUCAUAUUAUCAUGAAUGAGCUUAAUAAGGAUUACAUUUUUAUGCUUCUGAACAAUUUUAUAAUAAACGACAGAACGUAUGAGCAGCUUUGCACAGUGCAAGAUUUUUCCUUUGUUCUUUUUUUGUCCCUUUGGGAUUUUUAAAUGAACGAAAAUGUGUUUUUUUUCAAGAAAAAUAUUGUACUGAGCAAGUGGAAAAUUGCUCACCGGGGGAAUAACAAAAAUUAUUUAUUCAAAUACAUCGCAUUGAUGUUUAAACUCAUUUACGAAGUAGUGUACAACAUCCUUGAUGAAAAAAACUUGGAAUCAGAACAAAUUUGCAAAUACCAAAAUGUAUACAAAAACACCGUUGAGCACAUAAAGGAAAGUCUAACGUACAUAAAUGACGUAAACUAUUUUGACAACUUCCAAGAUGCGCACAUCGAAUUGUAUCACAAAAAUGUUCUAUUCAUGGAUAUGUUCGUAUAUCAUAAAAAAAAAUUCAAACUGGACUACCUCUCUUGUCCAGAAAAAAAAAACUUUGUUGACAUUAUUUUUACCUACUUAAAAACGAUUUUGCGAGUGCGAAGUGACCAUUUAUCGAAAAAGGAGGAAAUGCUUUAUCAUAAAUUUGUUUUAAACAGAUACAUCCUUAGCUUCGUGGCUAACUUUUCCUCAAAUCCAGCAGUGUCGAAUUAUAUCAAACAGAUUAACGGCCUCGACGUUUUGAGAAAAUUCAUGUACAUUGACGAUAGGGACACUUGUCUAGCAGAAUAUUCCAUUUUGGCCAUUAAACACAUUAAGGAAAAUGAAAACUUGGACGAUUUAUAA